UAGGCCAAAGCCAGAACCACUGCAUCAUAGCCAUUUUCUUUGGCUUUUUCGGGGUGUAUCAAGCAGCACCAGCGGAACUAUCAGACUCAAAAUCAGCCAGAAUACUGAAGUUUGAUUAUGAUGACUCUGGAAAAGGUCCCUACAGAUAUGGAUUUGAAAGCAGCGACGGCAUAACCAAAGAAGAAUCUGGUGAAGUCCAUUAUGCCGGAACCAAACGGGAAUUCAUAAAAGUUACUGGCGUCUACUCCUACCCUGGCCCCGACGGUGUUAUGUACGAAGUACGGUACACCGCUGACGACCAAGGUUUUCAUCCGGAAGGCGAUCACAUCAAAGUACCACCAUUCGUACCAUGGGUGCAUCAUGAUGACGAAACCAACGAUAUCGAUGGACAAGUGCCAGACAGCGCGAAUUUCGAAUCAGGUCAAUAUAUAUCUGAAGUGGUUAGAACUACACCAAAGCCUGAGUAUUUACCUAGUACUACUACAUCAUAUUUACCCAGCACUCCCAGUAGUACUCCAAAACCGACGUAUACUUCAGGAGAGAAUAUUUUAGAAACGUUUAGACCGCAAGAAAAUUGUCUUCAAUGCAGUGGUGUUGAACAGGAGAGCAAUGGAUCUGCACCAGGUCCAAAUACUGUUUAUUUACCGUCAACUGUGGGACCAACAGUAGCCGAUGAUGCUUUAAAUCAUAAUUUAUUGAGUACACCUAGGCCGAAUCCUGAGAUACAUUUUCAUUCCACUGCAGAGCCGCAAAUACGUAAUUUCCGUGAUGUAAGUCCAACUACGCCGCAACAGAUGAUGUUGAUUAUCGGUCCUAUGGGUCUACAGAUGAUACCUGUGAUGAAAUAGAAUUGUAUUUUUGAAGAAUAAUUUUAUUGUAGUAUUGAAUACCAAGCAAUAAUCGUGAUUUUUAAAAUAGAUCGAGUACACGCAAUUUAAGAUAAAUUUAUACUUGUCAUGGACUGAAGAUAGUGCGUGUCGGAUUUCAUUCAUAAUAUGCCUGAAUCGUUUAUCAUGUUCAUCUACCAUCAUUAACAUUUAUGUCACAAUAAUUGAAAGUAUUUUAAUUGUCCGUAUACUAAUUUAUAAAUGUUAAUAACUGAUUUAUCGGCUGGAGUAUGUGUUUUCGGUUUGGAUUUUUUUUUAGAAAUAAAAUUAUCAAUCUUUGUCACAUGUAAUUAUAUGGUAA